AGAGGAGAAAAGGCACGAGGAAGUGAGGAGGGGGUUGCUCGGGCCUUCUCAGCCUCCGCCACCAUGGAUCAGCGUGCGAGGAACCACUGGAGGAAGAAGGCGCUUCGCUACACGGUAAGAGCAUGAGGGAGGGACACCUGGGAGAUCCCGCCUUCAUUUUCGUUGCUGUCGUUGUGCGGUAGGUCUACCACAUGUACAAGGCGAUGGCGGAGUGGAAUCAGCGGGAGGUGGAUUUCCUCACACGGCGGUUCGCUCUCGACCGACAUCACGAAGACGAGAUGCGGUUGUUCGAGCGAGUGGUGAAGCUAACCCUUCGUCACAUAGAGGACCUCACUGGCAAUAUCGAGGAGCUCGAGCGCAUGGAGGCCAAACUGACUGAGGAGCUGCAGCAGCUGGAGGAGGCCACAGUGGUGCUCGUGGAUGACAUCUCUGCCCAGCACGAGCUGAACCGCCUUCAUCGUGAGGCCAUCCAGGCCCUCGAUAGCGCCAUCGCGGCGCUCCAGGAGCGGCGCCGGGAGCUGGAGAGGACCCACCGCAGCCUCACCUUGAUCGAGCGGCAACAACAGCAGCGCAAGCAGGCCUUGCUGCUCAGCAACGAGCAGCUGACACAGCGCAAGAGGGCUGUCCUCAAGCGCAAGGAGGACCUCCAGCGGCGCAUUCAGCAGGAGUGCAUGAAGGCGAGCAGCAACGGGGCGGCGGUGCUGUACCACCAGACGGACCACGCAGGCGCCCACAGCCUGAAGGCCCACGGCGUCGAUAUGAGCAGGUGUCGGUCGAUUGGGUGGGGCAACAUCAGCAUCCCGGGGUUCUUCUGUGCGAGCACCGAGGCCAUCACGAGCCAGCCUGACAAGGCCCAGCGUCGGGGCUGGAUGGUCAAGCUGCAGGUGCGGCUGGGGCGCGUGAGGGAGCUGCACACGGGCCCCAGCCCUGCUGACGGCGACUUCGAUAGCGUGGUGAUUCAGACGAACACUGGUUUGGAGUUUGUGGUCACCAGAGCUGAGCAGGUGACCGUGACAGAGAUCUAUCCCGUGGGGAGCAGAUAGGGGGGAGGAGGGACAGUGGCCUCGUGCUCUUGUGUCGGCCGUCUGAGGAUCUGGACGGUCUCUGCUUGUGCUUGUUCAUGUGUGCUGCAUGGGCGUGCGACGCGAUUGGCGUUUAUUCAGUGUGGUUUGUGUGCGCUGUGGUGCCGAUUCCUU